AUGAAGCAAGUAAAACCGGGUACUCAUGUUGAGUCUGUUUCAGGGUCGAACCGGACUAAUGUAUACGCGUCGGAUUUCGGGUGGGGAAAACCGGUUAACCACGAGAUUGUGUCCAUUGACCGGUAUCCAAGGUUCACGAUGACAGAGAGGAGGAAUGAGAUCGGUGGCGCUGAAAUCGGUUUGUGUUUGAGGAAGAGUGAGAUGGACACUUUUAUUUCUUUGUUUAAAUAUGGUUUGGAAAUAAUCGAAUCCCGUAUUUAG